GAAUAAGAAGAAGCAUGAUUUUUUCUACGUCAACAAUUCAAAGAACGAUAUUAUUUUUCUGCACCUAAAACAAUAUCUAACCAAAAAGAAAAAUGACUUUUAAAUAUUAGGCGAAUAGCUUGUAGAUUGGGACGUGGAUAAUACCUAUUGCUUGACAAGCUGGGCCGUUGGCGUUGUAUAUAAUACGUGAAUACGUGUGCAUGCAAAUUUCAGGUAAAGAGGUAGAGCAAUAUGAGCAACGGGAUUGGAAAGCGCACUGGUUCCAGGCAUGUCCUGGUAGUGUUAACUCUGUGCAUCCUGUGGUACAUUAUAUCUUCGAGUAAUAAUGUCAUUGGGAAAAUGGUUCUUAAUGAGUUUCCCUAUCCAAUGACGGUGACAAUGAUCCAACUUCUAAGUAUUACCCUAUAUAGUGGGCCAUUUUUUAAUUUGUGGAAGAUUCGCAAGUAUCAAGAAUUACCCAGAGGUUACUAUCUGCGACUGAUUAUUCCUUUGGCUUUUGGAAAAUUUUUGGCUUCCGUCACCUCGCAUAUAUCGUUGUGGAAGGUACCUGUGUCCUAUGCUCAUACAGUUAAAGCCACAAUGCCGCUAUUUACUGUUAUUCUAUCGCGUUUGCUGUUUCGGGAGAAACAACCUUCUUUGGUUUAUCUUAGUUUGAUCCCUAUAAUAACAGGAGUUGGAAUUGCUACAUUGACUGAAAUCUCAUUUGAUAUGAUGGGCUUAGUAUCGGCAUUAAUAUCAACAAUGGGAUUUUCUUUGCAAAAUAUAUUUUCUAAAAAGGUGCUAAAAGAUACUGGGAUACAUCAUUUGCGUUUACUUCAUUUACUAGGAAAAUUGGCUCUAUUUAUGUUUUUACCAAUUUGGUUGUAUCUUGAUAGUUUUAAAGUCAUUCAACAUCCAGCAAUCACAAACUUAGAUUAUCGUGUAAUAGCACUUCUGUUUACCGAUGGCGUUCUUAAUUGGUUGCAGAACAUUAUUGCAUUCUCAGUGUUAUCGUUAGUGACGCCACUUACAUACGCUGUGGCGAGUGCCUCGAAACGUAUAUUUGUGAUAGCAGUCUCAUUAUUUAUAUUGGGAAAUCCAGUUACAUGGCUAAAUUGCUUUGGCAUGGGUUUAGCCAUUUUAGGUGUUUUAUGUUAUAAUAGAGCCAAACAAAUAUCAAAAGAAAAAUCUAUUAUACCAACAACCACAACGAAGAGCAGCGUAAGUUAUACGCCGCUUCAAAAUACUAUUGAUCCUUAUUAUCAAGGCUCCCUGCUAACAAAUCACAAGUCAUCAAAUGGCUAUAGUCGCAAUAAUAGUCUCCUAGCCAAUGGCAGUGGAAUGCCAAACGGAAGUACAACUCGCCUUUUAUUUGUUUAGCAAAAACGAAUAUGAAUCUUAAUGCAUUUUAUAUAAAAUAUAAAUGCAUGAGUUCAGUAUACAUAGAUUAAUUUUUGUAAAUAGUUUAUCUUUCUGUAGAUACGUAAAUUUCAAUUUAUUUUGCCAUUUUAUUUAGAAACGGACCCAAUUUGUUUUUUUUGUUUGUUUCAUAAUGCCUUCGUCUCAAAGAUUUGCCCAUUAAAUGAUUCACUUCUCAGUAUUUGUUAUCAUUUAUUUAAUAAAAAUGCCAAUAGCGUCCUCUUAUUAUUUAUAAAUAACUUGACUAGCAAAAUUAUAUGUAAAUAUCUACACUAACCAAUAAAAAACCAUAAACUAUUACAAAAGCCUAAAUGAAACUUCCUAUUUUAAGGACUAAGCAACCCAUAAUUUAAGAUAACACAAUGAGAAAAAAACAGUUAAUGUAAAUUAUUUAAUAAAAUGUUGUUUAUUUAAGAUAA